AUGGCAGUAUGUGAUGCUAAAUACACUUUUACAGCGGUGAGCAUCGGAAGUUAUGGCAGUCAUAGCGACGGAGGAAUAUUUCAAGUGUCCCCGUUUGGACAAGCACUAAUGGAUAAUACUCUUCCCUUGCCGCCACCUAAACCAUUGUCCAUUGGGUCAACUGAACGUUUUCCCCAUUUUUUUGUAGGAGAUGCUGCCUUUCCGUUAAGGACUAAUUUAAUGCGCCCAUACCCUGGAUCGAGUUUGCCAAGAACCAAGCGAAUUUUUAAUUACCGCCUAUCACGAGCACGUAGAGUGAUAGAAAAUAGCUUCGGUAUAUUAACGGCCCGAUGGAGGAUUCUAAGAAAUACAAUUGAAUGCAAUCCUACAAACUGCGAAAAAAUUGUGCUGGCUUGCAUAGCCUUACACAAUUUUAUUAUGCUAAACGAUUACGACCGAUGGUAUUGUCCAGACAAUUAUGUUGACCAUGUAGAAGCAGACAACGUCGUCUACCCUGGAGAUUGGCGUCGUGAAAUAAGUAAUACAUGUACCUUACAAUCCCUGAGAUCUGCAAUACGGAGAGGCCCUGCUAGCGCGUUCCACCUACGUGACAAACUUGCUGAUUACUUCGUAAAUGAAGGAUCUUUGUUAUUCCAAGAUGAUAUGGAUCUAAAUGCCCAUGGGCCAUAUUAAUAUAUAUAAAAAAGUAAAUAAUCAUAAGAACAUUUAUAUUUGUAGGAAGUAUAUUUUAAUAAAAAAAUGUCCA